GUCAGAAAUUCUGCGCAUCCACUUGUUUGCAUUUAAAUUUAAUCUCCAGACUGAGGUCCGCGACUGCUUAAGAGAUUCUUACUCUGAUCUCACACUGACUUUAACGCUUCUAAUCAUGAGUGGAAACGUUGAUUCAACAGAAGUAACCGAGAUAUCAGCUGCGACGGAGGUCCGGAUCAACCUAAGAAACUUUCCAAGCAACUUGUGGCAUUUGGUGACUGAUCCUCAGAUUUGCUCAAUCUGCUGGGAUGACAGUGGGGAAGGAAUCCUGAUUUGUCCAGAGGCCUUCAAAGCUGAAGUGCUAUCUGCAGACAACAAGAAGAUGGUCAAGUAUUUCAGGACGACUAAUUUCAUCAAUUUUGUUCGUCAGCUUAACCUCUAUGGCUUCAGAAAAGUUUGCCCAGAUUACAAGAUCUAUGAAGUGAGCUUCAUACAGCACUACUAUAACCCGAACUUCAAACGGGCCAACCCGGAGCUUCUGGUCAAGCUAAGGAGACUCACACCUGCCAACAGGGCCCAGCUUGCAGCUGGGCAAGAAGUCUCCAACCACCCAAGUCCUUUUCGCCCGAUGCUGAAUGCACCUGACAUCUCUGCUGUGGUCGAGAACCAUUGCUGUAUCCCAGGCUCCAUGGAUUCCUCCCAGCAAGAAGUUGCCUCCUAUGCUCAUUGUGGCUAUUAUCCUGACUACUCAUUUAGCCACCUCCAGUAUGCUGGCCAAGAUCCUAACAUGCAGUCAGCUGAUGUCCAGGACUUCUUAUUUAGCCACCUCCUCUACACUGGCCAGGAACCAGAUCCCAGGACGAGUGACAUGAACCUGGGAAGUGUAUUCGAUGCAGAAGAUGAAAUGCUGCUGCUUUCUUCACUCUGCUCACCAAUGACUUCUUGUGAAAACUGUUAAAAAUCAUUAAUUAUCAUUAAGCCAUUUCUUGAAUUUUUGUGAAUCAUUUAUUUAUUUAUUCAUCCAUCUAUUUAUUUAUUUGUUUGUUUGUUUGUUUGUUUAUUUAAAAAAAAGACAUGAAACAUG